GCUGAGGCGAGGCGAAGAGAUCGGCGCCGCGGCAGGCACCAGACCUGUGCAGCGAAAUCCGCGAUCCGCACAUCAACGGCUGUAGCUGGCAGGUGCGGGAGUGUUAAGCUUCAGGCUCCAGCAGAGACCGAGGAGGCGGGAGAGUCUCUGUGAACCUGGUGUGAGACGCCCAAAGCGACGGCGUUGAAGCCUUGGAGAGCCGCAAUGACGAGACUUCGGAAUAACGAAAUGGCGAGGUCGAGGAACCUCCUCGCGGCCCUCGGCUCCUUCCGCAGCGCCCUCCUCCUCUUCGCGCUCUUGGCCUCGAGUGUCUACGCUAACACCCCUGUCCACGAAGAUGAUGUCGUAUUUUACAAGAAUGUAGAUAAUGGACCGCCACUCCGCUGUGUUGCAAAACUCCGAUACUCAAUUUCCCCUCAAGUCACGGGUUCCCUUGUCAACCUUGACUGCAAGCGAGCGGGAAAGAAGAACUGGGAUAAUGACAUGAGGAACGGGAUGUCAACAACAUUGACUCCAAGCUCUUCCACGGGUUUCUCCUGUGAUGACGUGUUCCCUGCACCCUGGUGGCCUGAGAGUUGGGAUAGUAUGAUCGGAAAUUGCAGAAACGCACACGUAUCUCCUUCGUUCAUGCCAUCGUCUACGAACGUCUUCUCGUCCUUUUCUGAGGACUGCUAUUGUUUCUCAUCAUCAGCAUCAAUGGAGGAGGACUGUUACUGCCAUUCCUCCUCAGCCAUUGCCACCGAACCGAUGGACUGUUUGUGUGAAGAAAGCAGCAGCAGCAGUUCAGGUAUAGACUGUCUGUGUGAAGAGUCAAGCUCAUCUUCCUCAUAUGAGCCUGACUGCCUUUGUGAACCAUUCAGUAGCAGCAGCUUCAGCAGUAGCUUGGAUUGCCUUUGUGAACCAAGUAGCAGUAGUUUCAGUAGUAGCCUAGACUGUCUUUGUGAACCUAGCAGUAGCAGCUUCAGUAGCAGUCUAGACUGCCUGUGUGAGUCAAGCAGCAGCAGCUCUAGUUCAAGUUCUUCAAGUUCAUCAAGUUCCAGCUCAAGCAGUUCCAGUGAGUCAUAUUCAUCCUCUUCAAGCAGUUCCAGUUCAAGCAGCUCUAGUUCUUGCUCAAGUGAAAGCCUUUCCUCGUGCAGUUCCAGCAGUUCGAGUUCAAGCAGUUCAAGUAGUUCAAGCUCAAGCAGUUCUAGCUCGAGCAGUUCAAGUUCAAGCAGUUCAAGCUCAAGCAGUUCUAGCUCUAGCAGUUCAAGUAGUUCGAGUUCCAGUAGUUCAAGCUCAAGCAGUUCUAGCUCGAGCAGUUCAAGUUCGAGUAGUUCUAGCUCGAGCAGUUCAAGUAGCUCUAGUUCAAGCAGUUCCAGCUCGAGCAGUUCUAGUUCCAGUAGUUCAAGUUCCAGCAGCUCUAGCUCAAGCAGUUCGAGUUCCAGCAGCUCUAGCUCAAGCAGUUCGAGUUCCAGCAGUUCUAGCUCAAGCAGUUCGAGUUCCAGCAGUUCUAGCUCAAGCAGUUCGAGUUCCAGCAGUUCUAGCUCGAGCAGUUCAAGUAGUUCCAUCUCCAGCAGUUCAUGUAGUUCAAGUUCAAGCAGCUCUAGUUCCAGUAGUUCUAGCUCGAGCAGUUCCAGCAGUUCAAGUAGUUCAAGCUCGAGCAGUUCAAGUUCAAGCAGUUCUAGCUCUAGCAGUUCCAGUAGUUCAAGUUCAAGCAGUUCAAGUUCUAGUAGUUCUAGCUCAAGCAGUUCUAGUUCAAGCAGUUCCAGUUCCAGUAGUUCAAGUUCCAGCAGUUCUAGCUCGAGCAGUUCCAGUAGUUCAAGUUCAAGCAGUUCAAGUUCUAGUAGUUCUAGCUCAAGCAGUUCUAGUUCAAGCAGCUCAAGUUCCAGCAGUUCAAGUUCAAGCAGCUCUUCAAGCAGCAGCAGUUCUUCCAGCAGCAGCAGUUCAUCAAGCAGCAGUAGUUCCUCAAGCAGCAGCAGUUCCAGCAGCAGCAGUAGCAGUUCGUCAAGCAGCAGCAGCUCAAGCAGUUCAAGUUCUAGUAGCUCUAGUUCCAGUAGUUCAAGUUCAAGUAGUUCAAGCUCAAGUAGUUCUAGUUCAAGUAGUUCAAGCAGCUCAAGUUCCAGUAGCUCUAGCAGCUCAAGUUCAAGUAGUUCCAGCUCAAGUUCAAGUAGUUCAAGCUCAAGUUCUAGUAGUUCCAGUUCGAGCUCCAGUAGUUCAAGUAGCUCAAGUUCAAGUUCCAGUAGUUCAAGUAGCUCAAGUUCAAGCUCCAGUAGUUCAAGUAGCUCAAGUUCAAGCUCCAGUAGCUCAAGUUCAAGUUCCAGCUCUAGCAGCUCAAGUAGUUCAAGUUCAAGCUCUAGCAGCUCAAGUUCAAGUUCAAGCAGCUCAAGCUCAAGCUCUAGUAGCUCAAGCAGUUCAAGUUCAAGCUCCAGUAGCUCAAGUUCAAGUUCUAGCAGCUCAAGUUCAAGUAGCUCUAGCUCAAGUUCAAGUAGUUCAAGUUCAAGCAGCUCUAGCUCAAGUUCCAGUUCAAGUAGCUCAAGCUCAAGUUCAAGCAGUUCAAGUAGUUCAAGUUCUAGCAGUUCAAGUUCCAGUAGUUCAAGUUCUAGCAGUUCAAGUUCCAGUAGUUCAAGUUCUAGUAGUUCAAGUAGCUCAAGCAGUUCAAGCUCUAGUAGUUCAAGUAGCUCAAGCAGUUCAAGCUCUAGUAGUUCAAGUUCAAGCUCAAGCUCGAGCAGUUCAAGCUCCAGUUCAAGUUCAAGCAGUUCCAGCUCUAGUAGUUCAAGUUCAAGUAGUUCAAGCUCAAGCUCUAGCAGUUCUAGUUCAAGUAGUUCAAGCUCUAGCAGUUCCAGUUCGAGUAGUUCAAGCUCAAGCUCCAGCAGCUCCAGCUCAAGCAGUUCAAGUUCGAGCAGUUCAAGCAGCUCUAGUUCAAGUUCAAGCAGUUCAAGCUCAAGCAGCUCAAGCUCAAGUAGUUCAAGUUCAAGCAGUUCAAGCUCAAGCAGCUCAAGUUCUAGUAGUUCUAGUUCAAGUAGUUCAAGCUCAAGCAGUUCCAGUUCAAGUUCUAGUAGUUCUAGUUCAAGCAGUUCAAGCUCAAGCAGUUCCAGCUCUAGCAGCUCAAGCUCAAGUAGUUCCAGUUCUAGUAGUUCAAGCUCAAGCAGCUCGAGUUCUAGUAGCUCCAGCUCAAGCUCUAGUAGUUCCAGCUCAAGCAGCUCCAGUUCUAGUAGCUCAAGCUCAAGCUCAAGUAGUUCCAGUUCUAGUAGCUCAAGCUCAAGUUCUAGUAGUUCGAGUUCAAGCAGUUCAAGUUCUAGCAGUUCAAGUUCUAGUUCAAGCAGUUCCAGUAGCUCCAGCUCCAGCAGCUCCAGUUCAAGCUCAAGUAGCUCCAGUUCAAGCUCUAGUAGCUCCAGUUCAAGCUCAAGUAGCUCCAGUUCAAGCUCUAGUAGCUCCAGUUCAAGCUCAAGUAGCUCCAGUUCAAGCUCUAGUAGCUCCAGUUCAAGCUCAAGUAGCUCCAGUUCAAGCUCUAGUAGCUCCAGUUCAAGUAGUUCAAGCUCUAGUAGCUCCAGUUCAAGUAGUUCAAGCUCUAGUAGCUCCAGUUCAAGUAGUUCAAGCUCUAGUAGCUCCAGUUCAAGCUCUAGCUCCAGCUCAAGUUCUAGCAGUUCAAGCAGCUCAAGCUCUAGUAGUUCAAGUUCUAGUAGCUCAAGCUCAAGUAGCUCAAGCUCAAGUAGCUCAAGCUCAAGUAGCUCUAGCUCAAGCAGCUCCAGCUCAAGUAGUUCAAGUUGCAGCAGUUCAAGCUCCAGCUCAAGUUCAAGCAGUUCAAGUAGUUCUAGUUCAAGUUCAAGUUCUAGUAGUUCCAGUUCAAGCUGCUCAAGUUCAAGUAGCUCCAGUUCAAGCAGUUCAAGUUCCAGUUCAAGUAGCUCUAGCAGUUCUAGUUCAAGUAGUUCAAGUAGCUCUAGCUCUUCUAGUAGCUCCAGUUCAAGCAGUUCAAGUAGCUCAAGUAGUUCCAGUUCAAGCAGUUCAAGUUCGAGUAGCUCCAGUUCAAGCAGUUCAAGUUCGAGUAGCUCCAGUUCAAGCAGUUCAAGUAGCUCAAGUAGUUCCAGUUCAAGCAGUUCAAGUUCGAGUAGCUCCAGUUCAAGCAGUUCAAGCUCUAGUAGCUCCAGUUCAAGUUCUAGCAGUUCAAGCUCCAGUAGCUCAAGCUCUAGUAGUUCCAGUUCAAGCAGCUCAAGCUCUAGUAGUUCCAGUUCAAGCAGCUCAAGCUCUAGUAGUUCCAGCUCAAGCUCUAGUAGUUCCAGCUCAAGCUCUAGUAGUUCCAGCUCAAGCUCUAGUAGUUCCAGCUCAAGCUCUAGUAGUUCUAGUUCAAGCAGUUCAAGUUGUAGUAGUUCAAGCUCUAGCUCAAGUUCAAGUAGUUCCAGUUCAAGCUCUAGCUCAAGUUCAAGUAGUUCCAGUUCAAGCUCUAGCUCAAGUUCAAGUAGUUCCAGUUCAAGCUCUAGCUCAAGUUCAAGUAGUUCCAGUUCAAGCUCUAGCUCAAGUAGUUCCAGUUCAAGCUCUAGCAGUUCAAGUUCUAGCAGCUCUAGCUCCAGCAGUUCAAGCUCCAGCUCAAGCAGUUCCAGUUCAAGUAGCUCUAGCUCAAGUAGUUCCAGUUCAAGCUCUAGUAGUUCCAGUUCAAGCAGCUCAAGCUCAAGCUCUAGCUCAAGCAGUUCAAGUUCUAGCUCAAGCAGUUCCAGUUCAAGUAGCUCUAGUUCAAGUUCAAGCAGUUCCAGUUCAAGUAGCUCUAGUUCAAGUUCAAGCAGUUCUAGUUCAAGUUCUAGUAGCUCCAGCUCAAGUAGCUCUAGUAGUUCCAGUUCAAGUUCUAGUUCAAGCAGUUCAAGUUCUAGUAGUUCCAGUUCAAGCAGUUCAAGUUCAAGCAGUUCCAGUUCAAGUAGCUCUAGCUCAAGUUCAAGUAGUUCAAGCUCUAGUAGUUCCAGUUCAAGUAGUUCAAGCUCUAGUAGUUCCAGUUCAAGUAGUUCAAGCUCUAGUUCCAGCUCAAGCAGUUCAAGUUCUAGCAGUUCAAGCUCCAGUUCAAGUUCAAGCAGUUCGAGUUCAAGUAGCUCUAGUUCAAGCUCUAGUAGUUCCAGUUCAAGCAGUUCAAGUUCUAGCAGUUCCAGUUCAAGCAGCUCAAGCUCUAGUAGCUCCAGUUCAAGUAGUUCAAGUUCUAGCAGUUCAAGCAGUUCAUCCUCUAGUAGUUCAAGUUCAAGCUCAAGUAGCUCAAGUUCAAGCAGUUCAAGUUCAAGCUCGAGUUCUAGCAGCUCAAGCUCAAGCUCGAGUUCUAGCAGCUCAAGCUCAAGCUCGAGCAGUUCAAGCUCAAGUUCAAGCAGCUCAAGCUCAAGCUCGAGCAGUUCAAGCUCGAGUUCUAGCAGUUCAAGCUCAAGUUCAAGUAGUUCAAGCUCAAGUUCGAGCAGUUCAAGUUCGAGUAGCUCAAGCUCUAGUAGUUCAAGUAGUUCUAGCUCAAGUAGUUCCAGCUCAAGCAUACCGAAAACUACCACAACUACUUCCACCACUACGACUACGACUACAACCACCACUACAUCUACAACCACCACUUCAACAACCACCUCAACGACUACCACUCCUCCUACAUACUUGUGCGAUGAGGUCAUUUUGACAGAAACGGACCCACUGGCGGUACUGAUGUCGCCAGAAUACCCCGACGUCUACCCGAACGACUACCACUGCGAAUUCAACGUAACGGCUCCCGAUGGCUACAAAGUGAGUAUGUUCUUCGACACGAUGAAGAUCCAGUACAAGAAGAAAUGCACGAGCGAUUAUAUUCAGGUCGUUGGUAUUGAAACCUUCUAUGGAGUCAAGAUGUGCGGAACGAAGCUGCCUCCGCCGUGGCUCUAUUUCAAGUCAACGGCUAAUUACAUGACACUGACUUUCCACACGGAUUCGACGAUGCAACUCAAAGGCUUCAAGGCAUACUUGUCCAUGACUCUAUAAGCGAGUGACGCGCAUAGGACGUGGGGAGAGAAAAAGAAGCGUACUCGGAGACAUGAUACAAGACAGCGACCACGACGACCGAAAGAUGACGACGCACGCGAGGAUUCGGACGACGCCAAACGGAUACUCUACCCGCGGACAAAUCGGCUUAACGACCAUCGGCGAGGAAUCGGACACGGGAAUUUUUUUUUUCUUUGAGACACGAAGAGAAGGCCGAAAAAAAGACGAUGAUUUCAGGCUUUAAACAGAAUCCAGAUUCGAACAAACGCACCCGAAUAAUUAGCCUUCGAAGCAGGGUUUUUGAAGUAAAACAGGGGAUAAAUUAGAUAAAUAAAAAAGGGGGGAUGGGGAGGAUAGUAAAAUUACGAGUAUCAUUUCGAAUUGGGACUGAUUUUUAAAAUUUAACAUGUAAUACAUAUAUAUGUAUAUAGGUAUAAGCAUAUAUGUGUAUGAAUGAUGGGGGUUACUUUCUGAAUUUAAGAUGUAUGUUAAAAAAAAAUUAAGAAUAUUACUUCCAGUGCUUUCCACUUGUUCGUUGAUAAAUAUUUUUGAUAAAUAUUUCACAGGGAUUUCAUAAGUUUUGUGACCAAGCCUUUGUUCGCAAAAAGCAACGGGAAAAUGACAAUAUGAUGAAUUCCACAUUUAUAAGAACUUGUUUUGAGGGAAUAUUAAGUGAUUUGACCCUGAUAGGAUUCUGUAAGAUUUAAAAUGAAUAAAGUGUCACUCUCGAAACAAAGUCAUUACUUUAUCAGAAGAUAUGGAUCGUUUUUUUCGAAAACAAAACAUAUAUUACAUACGAAUGAAGGUUGGAUGUUUUGGGGGAAAAAUAUAUAUAUUACUACUUUCGGGAUUUUGUUUCUUUAAUUUUCUUCUUUAUGUGUUUUGUUAAAGGUACCUUUGACUUUCACUUUUCUUCUUCUCCUUCUUCUCUUCCUUCGCUGCGUAAACAGUUGCGACGAAGAGAAAAAGGAAAAUAAAAUAAAAUAUUCUUCAAAGAAAACGGUAGUUUGAGAAAAUGGGAAGAAUGGCCACUGGAGAUAAAGAUAUAUUUGCAUUCAAUAUUAAGAAACAUAUAUUUGGUGAUAUAUUGACACAAAUAAUGAAGUUGACUGCGGUAACAUGGAGAUGUAAUCUUAUUUUUCUACAUUAAGGACAAAUGUAUUCUAGAAUGUGCACAUUGCUAGCGUAAAUAAAAGUUGGGGUUAGCUGUUAA